AUGGAAUUAGAAAGCCGAAGAGAUGUGAGGAUAGAGGGCAAAACAGUUCAUGCAAUGGCAAUAAAUGAGAAGAUGGGAAAAUUGGUAGUAACGAGAAAAAGCGGAAUGAACUCUUCGGACGAUGUUGUUGAGCAGUAUAACAUAUUAUGUGGAUGGCUUUGCGUGCACGAAAAGAUUAUUUGUCCUAAUAACGGCGGCAUUGAAUCCGUGUGCUUCGUUGGAGAUCGUAUCGUUUGUACACAUCUGAAUGGAUCAGUGACCAUUGCAGAUCCUCACAAUGAUGCCGUAAAGCGGGUGCAGAUCUGUCCUUCUCCUUUGUGGUCUUCAUGUGCUGUAGAUACCAACCAGGCAGCAUUAGUUUCCCAUUCCUCCUGUUUAUUCACUCUUGAGUUGAAUGAGCACACUGUUUCUGCGCCGUUGAGUUUGGGUGUUGAUCAGCGGCUUUUCUCGAUUUGCAGCCAAAAAGAUGUGAUUGCGGUAGGAGCGAUGGACAGCUUAUACAUUAUUAAGAACAAUGCUGUUGCACUGAAAAUGGUGGUCGCUAGAAAGGAAAAGCGACUUCCAACUAUAAUAUGGACUACAUGUUUCUUCAAUGAAACAAUAGUAGCAAGUGGCGAUUCUCGGGGUGUCAUCUCAUUCUGGAAUUGUUUGAACGGUGCACUCAUUUCGACUCUGGAAAGUCACCAAUCAGACAUACUUUGUCUUGUUAUGUGUGAAGAUCGGCUGCACGCUGCCGGUGUUGAUCCAAGGAUAAUGAGUAUCAAGCGAAUAGUUGGGAAUGAUUUUCGCAUAGUGCAAAAGCGCAAUGGCCCAGUGCGUGAUGUGCGAGCAAUGGCAUGUUUUGAUGGAAAGAUUUAUGCUGCAGGAGAAGAUCACGCUAUCUUCAUUGCAAAGGAUGGUUGUCAAGUUUUGAUGAGUCAGUGGAAUAAACAGCUUGUUUUUGGGGGCCCGUUGGUGGUGACUCGUGGACACUGUUUUGUUGAUGUAUGGACCAAUGGAACCUGCGAACAAGGAAACCCAAAGGCAGCAAUAGUUGUAAAACGCCAACCUGUCUACUUAGCUAGGAUUUAUUGUCCGGAAAAGAAGCCACUUAUUGCUUACGAUUUGUCGAGGGACGGACGAACACUGGUCAUAUCGUCUAGUGAGUGGACGACUGUUUAUCAUCUAAACACGAAAGGUGAAGGAAAGAUGACACUGCGUAACAAACUACGCACUAAGCCCGCAUCUGCGGUGAAGCUCAUUGGUGGUGGUGUACUCAUGGCAACAGGAGAUUUCGAUCUUUGGAUGGCUUCUAUAGAAGGAGAAGAUCCACAGCUUAUCUUAGAACAGUCUGGAUGUGGUGGAGUGUCCCAGCUCGUUGUUUCAGAAUGCGGAAAAUUUGCUGCUGUUAUCACUACUAGGUUACAGGUCUUCGUUAUUGAUUUGAAACUAAAGGAGUCUCGAUUGCUGCGCGUGACUCUACCAAUUGAUAUUGCCUUCACCGAUGGUGAGAGUUUCUUCGUCCUGUGUGCAACAGCUGGCUUUGGUGAACCAAGUGCAACAUCAAAAGUUUUACAUGAGUUCCCAAAAAGUGGCGGUGCAAGCCGGAGGUCAGCAUCAACGGUGGAUUUGUUCGGUGCUCCAGGAUAUCGCGCUGUAUCGCUGAGUCCUGGACCAAAUGACCAGCUGAUUGUUGUCGCCAGUGAUGGACAGUGGGUGCUCAUCGACGAAACACGUUCUUCGGUCCAAGGUCCCAUUGCCCUUCCGAGUCGUCGCUCAAGUGCAGCCACACCUGCAACACUCCAUUUUCGCUCUCAAAAGAGAAUCUGCUCUUGUCGUCUGCAAGCGUCUGAACCUGCAACAGCUCCUUUCAAGCUGAAGAAGUUUGGACAUCAAUAUCCCUCGCCAGAAGAGAAGCCAUUGGGAACCCUUGCGCGCGAUGGGAGGACAAACGGAGGUAUUACUGGCGCCUACUCGACUAAAUUGACUAGCAGGGGAAGCACUGGUGAUAUAGGUAGUCGAGAUGACGAUUGA